GACACACAAACAAUAUAAACCAUUUCAUUCCUUUCGCUUCCAUAACUCUCUUCUCACGUUCCUUUCUUCCAAUCUACCUUCUUCUCUCCAAAACUAUGGGACUGGAUGUAUGUACCUGCAUUUCCUGCAACACGGAAGUAAAAAAAGGUCCCGACCUACAACUCCAUUACAAAUCCGAGUGGCAUCGCUACAAUCUCAAACGCAAGGUGGCUGGGGUUCCUGGGGUGACAGAAGCUUUGUUUCUAGCUAGGCAAUCGGCGCUUGCUCAAGAGAGAGAUAAGUCUAAUGAAACCCCGAUGCUUUAUAGCUGUGGUGUAUGUGGCAAGGGGUAUAAAAGUGCUAAGGCUCAUGCUGAGCAUCUGAAGUCGAGAACUCAUAUGGCUCGGGCUUCUGAGGGAGCGAGUCAUUCGGAUGGGAAAGCUAUAAUCAAGCCACUUGCACCGCGUGUUGUGAAUAAGCCUCCUCCUAGAAGAUUGGUAGAUGAUGAUGCUGAAGAGGAAGACAGUGAGGAUGAAUGGGAGGAGGUUGAUUCUGAUGAUGAUUUGAUUGAUGAUGCUGAGAAGUCGUUGACUGAUUUGAACAUGGAUGAGAAUGCUGAAAAUGAUGAUAUGGAUGAAGAUGAUGUUGUGGAUUUGGAUCCGUCGUGUUGCUUUAUGUGUGAUCACAAGCAUAAGACUAUAGAAAACUGUAUGGUUCAUAUGCACAAGCACCAUGGGUUCUUUAUUCCUGAUGUUGAGUAUUUGAAAGAUCCAAAAGGGCUCCUCACUUAUCUUGGUCUAAAGGUCAAAAGGGACUACUUGUGUCUGUACUGUAACGAUAGGUGUCAUCCUUUCAGCAGCUUGGAAGCUGUCAGGAAACAUAUGGUAGCAAAAAAUCACUGUAAAGUGCAUUAUGGUGAUGAUGAUGAUGAGGAGGAAGUAGAGCUGGAAGAAUUCUAUGAUUAUACCAGCAGUUAUGUUGAUGAUCAAGGGAAGCAGCUAGUUGCAUCUGGUGAUGCUGAUAAUAAUGUAGAACUUAGUGGUGGGUCUGAGCUUGUAAUCACUAAGAUGUCUGGUGAUAGAAAAUCAACCAGAACUCUUGGUUCCCGGGAAUAUUUGCGUUAUUAUCGUCAGAAACCAAGGCCAUCUCCAGCUAACAACAUUGCCAUUACUGCUGAAUUGGCUUCAAGGUACAGGAGCAUGGGUUUGGCCACUGUCCAAUCAAGGGAGCAACUUGUGAGAAUGAAAGUGUUGAAGCAGAUGAACAAAUCAGGUGUGGAGCAUAUGCGUAGCAAGAUAGGGAUGAAGAGUAAUGUCAUCCGGAACUUGCCAAACAAUGUCACGUAUUAGUCCUCUUUCUCUGUUUGUCUUGCUGGCGGUUUGCAUUUCUAGUAUGUCAUGUAAUGGUUUUUAAGCUUCAAGCUUUCUUUUCUUCUGAAGUAAUUUUACAUUUCUGUCGUUAAGCAUACAAAUAUACCGUUUGUGCUCAAUGGAAUGACAUGGUACUAUAUUCCUAUU